GAGCCCAGGCAGAUAAAUCCUGACGGACAAAGAGGCCUGAAGAUACAUUCAGCUGAGACAUCCCAGAUUUAAAGGCUAAAUCGUCUUAAAUCUCCUUACAGCAGAGAAGAUGCCUUUCUGCAGUGUGUUGGAAAAAAGGAACGGAGUGGUGACGGGCGGUGAGCUGACCUGCAGUGUCCGUGAGGAAAACAAGGCAAAGAGGGAGAGCUAUACCGCCGACUGGCACAGUGUCACACUCAAGACUCAACCUAUGGACAGUCAGACCAUGAACAUGACAGACGACUCCCACAGAGAGACAUUGUACCGGCAGUGGCACUGCCGCUCUCUGACUCAGGCCUGCCCUUCUGGAGUUUUCAGGGUAGGCACCAUAGAAAGAGGGGUGAGGGAGCACCAACUGCCGCCGAAGAGAAAUACUCUGCCCCUGCCCAUCUUUACCCCUGCAGAGCUGGGUGUCAGGCUUGGACGUGGGGCCCCACACACGGAGCAGGACCUGCAGCCCUUCCCAACACCAGAUGGAGUCUGCCCCAGCAAAAGAAGCGUGGACGAGAUCACGAGGGACCUCCCACCAGUCAAACCAACUCUCAUGGAGUUUGCCAAAGCACCCAAAGCACUGGGUCGCUCCAUGUCCCAGGAAGCACAAAGAGGCUGAGAGAAGACAGGCAAAUGCAGAAGAGGGGGUGCUAGGGAGAGAUAGAUGGGAGGACCGAUGCACAACAGAUUUCAGAAAGCAGAUUAUGUUACAAAGGAUUAUACCAAGAUGUAUAUAAGAACUAGUGACAUCUAGAAAGUAGCAUAGUACUAGUGGUUCACUUGUGUUACAUGUAUUCAUGUUGAAGGUAUUUGCAUUGUGUUGCAUUGUGAUAGAGAGGGAGGUGUUGUCAGCUGCAGCACUGGCUUAACAUUGCCUCUGCUGACCAGGUGUUACACCCUAAAUGCUGAUAUUCAGUGUGAUGUUUGCACUAUGCACUUUUGUUUUUAAAAGUGCAAGUUUAAUAAUCAUAAAAGGAUUAAGCCUGUUGUAACUGAUAAAAGACAGAAAUUGAUCAGUGGAGUAAAUGUUCAUGUAUGAAGGAGCGAUGACUGAUGGAAAGAGGCAGGUUAGAGGUGUGACGAGGGGACAUGUCAUGGAGACUUGGUUGCCCUCCAGGAAUCCAGAAGUUUCUGCCAACCUUUGAUCUUAGCAGAGAGGAGAGAAUGUCCUGGCAUGGUGGUUAAUGCUGAUGUACAUACAACAAUGUUAAUCUGUGUUUGAACUCAUUCAAUCCUAAUAAGCUGCAAAAAUAAAUCCAAACACUUUUUAUCAUUUGAUGUGCCUUCUUAGUUGAGUUUCAUCCCAUGUGUAUUUUUGAUAGAUGAACAGCCGUAGUUUGCACCGAGUAAGUUUGUACAUGGGAAUGAAAAUUGUAUUUGUGUAAUGUUUUAUUUUUUCUUAGAGAUUUCUUAUUUUUAAUAUCAAAAGUGUUGAUGUUUGUUACUUUUGUGUACGCACAGAAACAAAUA